CUGUACUCGGCUGGGAGGUAAACUCCUGAACCUACCCCAGCCGCCAGCCAGCGACGCGGUGCCCGUGGCGGACCCCUGCUUCUCGGCGGAUUGCUAAAGCUGCGGGUCUCGGGUUUCAGCCACAACAUGGCUUCCAAGCUGAAGUCAACCAAGGAAUUGAUGGUUUUCUUAGGAAAAUCAAUGAUUGCUUUUCUGGAGUCGAUGAUUUUCAUCAUCGUCCCCAGACCACGGAAGAAUGUUGCUGGUGAAAUCGUGCUCAUCACUGGCUCCGGGAGCGGACUGGGAAGGUUCUUGGCCCUCAGAUUUGCCCGCCUUGGAUCCGUGCUGGUUCUCUGGGAUAUCAACAAGGAGGGGAACGAGGACACAUGCAGGAUGGUGCGGGAAGUUGGGGCCACAAGAGUUUAUGCCUACACUUGUGACUGCAGCCAAAAGGAAAACAUAUACAGAGUGGCCGAGCAGGUUAAAAAAGAAGUUGGCGAUGUCUCCAUCCUAAUCAACAAUGCUGGAAUCGUGACAGGCAAAAGUUUCCUCGACUGCCCAGAUGAGCUGAUUGAAAAGGCUUUUGAUGUGAAUUUCAAAGCACAUUUAUGGACUUAUAAAUCCUUUCUACCUGCUAUGAUCGCUAAUAAGCAUGGACAUUUGGUUUGCAUUUCAAGUUUAGCUGGAUUAACUGGAGUAAAUAAACUGGCAGAUUACUGUGCAAGUAAAUUUGCAGCCUUCGGAUUUGCUGAAUCUAUAUGUAUGGAAACAAUAGCCCAGAAACUAAAGGGGAUAAAAACCACUAUUGUGUGCCCAUGUUUUAUAAAAACUGGAAUGUUUGAAGGUUGUUCCACUGCCCAACCUUUUCUGUUACCAGCUCUGGAACCAGAGUAUGUAGCUGACAAGAUAGUAGAUGCCAUCCUGCAAGAGAAAACAUACUUAAAUUUGCCAAAAAUUAUUUCCUUCUUGGUGUUUUUAAAAAGUAUCUUGCCUGUCAAGGUGUUAGUUCUUCUGGCUGAAUAUAUGGGUGCCCUGAAUGUAAUGGAUGGCUUUGUUAGCAAGAACAAGAAAAACUAAAGACCAACUCAAUGGCUGAUACCAUCUGAUACCCAGCAUUCCAUAAUCCUGAUUUCAAUGAAGAAAAGCAUUUUUGUCCAACAAUGUAUCUGGAAACUACAAGUACCAUUCUUUUUCUGCUCCUUGGACUACUAUUUUCAACCAAUGCCUUUGAAAAUAAUGUUCCUAUCUGCUUUUUGGUUGGGUUUUUUUUUUUUUAAUUAAAAAAAAUUGCCCGUUUUUGUCAUGUCUGCUUGCAACCGAUGUGUAAGAAAAAGAAUCCUGUCUCAUGAACUGGCCUUCACUUUGGUCACUGGGGACGUGGCCCAGAUGGAACAGGUGGCUUUGCUUGAACCUACAGCAGGUCACAGUGAGAGGUGAAGAGCAUGGAUGAGUAUUUUGCUCCAAUGCCCUCUAUACAGAGGACACAAAGCUCGGGAUUCCCUCUUUCUCUCAGCCUUGGCCUUUUUGAAACUGGCUCACCGGGUGUAGGACACACCAGUGUCCCAUGUCCUUCUUUCCAAAGCCAGCCUCAUUCUACAUACCCUGGGUACUCACAGACUACAUGCCAGUCCCGCUCAGGGUACAUUGGGGGCCACUGUGUCCUGAAUGAACUUAGUAGGCAGUGAUUUUAGACAAAAUUCUAUAGAGGAGCAUUUUUUUCCCCCUAGAAGAGAUCCAAGAAUGGAUGCUUCUUAACUCGGAAAGUGACAUUCCACUGAGUUAGAUGAACUGCUGCCUAUUGGGCCGGAAAACAUAUUCAUAUGGUUAAUUUCAAAUGUUUAAUUUAGUAUUUCAGGUUGGGAUUUGUGUUGUAUUUUUCCACAGAAUGGACAGUUUUAUGCAUUGGCAUUCAUCUGUGCUGCCUUCAUUUCAGAUCUCUUGUAUUCUUACAGUUUAAUGAACUGGCCAACUGCUUUCAUGAUUUGGAGAUUAACUAUAAAAGGAAGAUUAAGAAAAAUAUGUUAAUUACCAUAUCCCGAAACUCCUUUCCAGGCUGGGAGGGGCAUCUGCCUUGGGAGAAAACUGCCGCUUUUGUCUCUUACCUUCUUUUGUGUGGGGAGCAGGAAAGGAUGAGAAGUACCUCAGAAGACUCUGUGAGAGUCAAAAGAAACAAGUCAUGAAUAUCUUGGGGCUAAGAUGCUCUUAGAAAGACAAUGGUCUCAGGGAAUGUGGAAUCUGGAAUCCACUGUGGACUGAUUUAUCUUGAGCUGCCUGAAUGAUUCUGACAACUCUUCCCCUGUAUUUCCUUUCCAUGCAGAAAGCCUCCAAAAAGAGAGAGAGAAAAAAAAAAAAACAACAACACACACAAAAAAAACAACUUGUUUUAGUGGCACCUGGGUGGCUC